CGGCUCAUAAACACUCCUUUGAACCUCAUCCUCACACCCACACGACACAUCACUUAUCGACAUUGUUCCAGAUAUCUCAUCUUUGUAUCAAUCAGAAAUAUCGUCAACAACAAUGUCGCCUAUUGCUCCCGGUCAGCUCCCGGCCGAGCUCGUCAACCUUCUCGCACUACACUCAUCAUUCCUAACGGCGCUGUCGCUGCAUUAUGCCCACAAUGGCACUUCGACGCCUGCCGAUCUUCGAGACCUGAUUGCAUCGACCACUUUGGUCUGGCGGCAACGCAAGGUCACGUACGAUGACAUUCGACUCCUCAUUGGUAUUCUCGACCACGGUCCCUCCGGCAACAACAACCCUUACUACCUAUCCGACUAUGGCCGCGGCAAAAUCUGCAUUGAAAUCAAGGACAGCAGUCCUAUGAUGAAUGGCAUGACACAUAUGAAUGAACAAGGGCUGCAAGAAAUGUUCAAGGAAGGAUUAGACACGUUGUGGUCGCAAUGGUGCACGUCGCAGAUGAUGAUGGCCCGGCCAAUUGCGGUGCCCAAGCGCGGACGCGGACGCCCGAAGAAGGCCGACAUCAAGCAAGCAUGCAUGGACACAUUCCUCGAUGACACCUCCGUGUCCAAGUUCCUCAGCCAGCUUCCUCUCGCCCAAGUCACCACAUGCGAAUCGCUCACCGCGCUUGCACCAGCACAAGAGAAGGGACGCAAGAGGUUGCGGGAGUUCAAGGAGAGCGUACAGCAAGGUCGUGCGCUGAAGAAGACAAGGUCCACCAUCGGAAAGGAGAACGACCUCUCCUUGGGACAGAACCAGCAAGCCCAACCCGCCCAGCCCAAGAUUACUGAAUUUGCUGCCGUUCGCAAAACCAACCUCCUUGACCGUAUUCUCGCCAAGCAGGAGGCUGCAAAGGCUGGCCCCGCAGCACCAACACCCGCUGAGCUUCAGAGAAAAGCAGCUCUCCAGCGCACUCCAGAAGUCAUUGGUGUACUUUCUCUACUCUGCGCGAACAGACCCGGAUCGCGCGUUUCGUUCUCGACAACCACCCUUUUGCAGGCGAUACAGGGCUCUAUUCGAUCUCCAAUCUCAAAGGAAGAGGCGAUGAAGUGCGUGGAAGUUUUAGCAAGCGAAGUUGCCCCAGGAUACGUCUCGGUCGUCAGUAUGGGCAGUAUCUCGAGUGUCGUCAUCAACCAGAUGAUGAGACCUACGGAUAUCAAGAGCAGGCUUAUUGCGCUGGGCGCUUGAAGACCUAUUUUUUCUGUUCAGAUUAUUACCCUUUAACCUUUUUGUUGUAAGUUGAUGACCUCAUUCGGAGUCACUUGGCCAGCGUUUGUUUAUUACAUCAUCUUAGCGAGCGUAGUUUCGUUCUUGCGCUGUACAGUAUCUUAGCCCUAUAGCAUAUUCUAAUUGCAGAACAUACACU